AUGUCCCGCAACACCGAGAUCCCACCCGUCCUGGGCAAUCAUGCUACAUCAGCCGACAGUCUACUGACGGAGCACGCGGGUGAAGCUAAACUAAUGGGCCUGCUGGUCAAGUUGGACCUUGUCCAGUCUGUCAUGGACCGCACCUUCGAUGAAAUUCUCGCCGCGCCAUCCACCACAACCCCCCAAAGCACCCCCCAGAGCACUCCCCAGAGCACCCCGCAGGAGAAGUCUGCGCGCGCAGAAUCACUGUACCAAGGCUGUACCUACCUCUCCCAACUCCAACAUCGUGCAGCCCAAAGCAUCGAUGAUGUCAACGAAGAGGAUUUCCUUCUUCUAUGGCUCACUGUCGAGCCAGAGGGUCGCUUGGGAAAAGCCAGGCUACGCUCACCGCUCGAGCGAUACAGAACGGCAAAGGCAGUGAGGACGUCUGAUCCACAGAGUUUCUUCGCACGAGCAGAUAACGCAAGAGCCGAGGUGAAUCUGAGCACAUUCUGGAACACAUCCUUUUCACAGUGGCUUCUCCGAACAAAGCAUAAUACGAUAGCGCGGAUCCGCUCAGACCUUGUCGAGUGCUUACACGAGGAGCUUCACGCAGGCACGUCGGAGGCUGAAAUCUUGCUGCACCACUACCCUUUCAAAUUCGCCGCAAAGUCCAGGCAGACCGUGAGAUCCGACGAUGAAAUGGACGAUCCAGAAGACGAGGCGCGUUUCUUCGCGAGAGAAGAAGCGCAGCGCAAGAGACGAGAACAAGUCCGAGACAAACAACACCCAAGCUCCUCCUCCCCGCCACGUUUCUCGACAUCUUCCUACCAACAAGUACAGUCCAUGAGCUCAGGGAAGAGGAAGGCUGAUGCCGUGAGUGAUGAAGAAGGUCAGGAUAACCAACCGCAGUACUCCAGAGAUGAGACAAUGGAUGCAUUCUACGGAAGAGUGAACGGUUUCGGGCAUGACUUCCCUCACCCCCCAAAGAAAGGCAAGCCGGGCGAGUACCACGACUACCGCAGGCAGUACUACAGCGUCUUCCCUUGUGCGGUGCGUCUUGACGAUGGGGCUGCCACCGAACCGAACAUUGAACUUGCAAGUGGACGCGAAUUGGAAGAUCGCCACCGCCAGACUGUGUUGUCACUCUGCAUGCAUUCACUCCUCCCCGGCAUACGAGUCGACUUCUUUGCAGACAACACAAGCCGAGACGCACAUCAGCAGUUCUCCAUCUCCGCAGAAGCGUGUGCUGAGUUUGGCGUUGAGAUGGUGAAGUACGGCGAAGACAAGCCACGCUUUCAGGACUUGCAGAGCCAAUGGGGUAUCGCGUUUUCCAUGGAAAGGAAAGUUUGGGAGAAGCACCCUGACACUGCAGAGUCAAGACUUCAGGAGUUGACCUUGGUCGAAAUCGAUCUCAAGUUGAGGGCGGACCGAGCUGCAGUCUGCACACGCCGCGUGCAAGGCAGUCUCCCUUUGGUACUCACCCCGGAGGCGUUUUCUGCGGCUCGUCGCAUUCGAAUCAUUCUGCUGGUGCAAUACUUUCAGUCUCGGGAAUUGUGGUUCUGGUUCCAAAAGCUGCUUCACCGCACUAGACGAGACUCGACAAUAUAUCGUGCCUUCUGGCUGUACGACCGCAGACCGGACGAGACGGUAACUUCACGCGCCUGCCGUUCGCCUGUAGCGCAUUUGCCGCUGUUGCCUCAUACAUACCGCGAGCAACGGGCUUCAUCGUCUGAUGAUCAGCAAUUCAAGGGUGCAACUAUUACGGACAUUACGGUCGACGCAGCGUGCGGACCUUGCAUUACCGACUUCAUCCAUCUCACCGACUUCCUGACAAUAGGCAUCAAACGCGAGAUGCAGCUGAUCGAAACGCAACUGCAGUAUCUCAGCAGACUCGUCCACGACGCAAUGAUCGAGAAAUUGCCUACGUCUGCCUUUGCAAACGCCCCGCCCGCUUAUCGGUUGCAUAUUACGCCCAGCUCGGAACUCGACAAGUCCCAGCUCCCGCCCGUAAACUCCAAUCUCGACUUCUCUUUCAAGUUCAGCCCUCGAGGAGUGCACGGCCCAUCUCCUGCCGGACCGAUGCUGAAAUGUCAAUGGCAAGGCCAGAUAAUCGAGGAUCCAGAGGCCGGCGGCGACAAGAUUGUUCUACUGUUCAGUCUCCCCGAACAGAUUGACCGCAGAAUGUGGCUUGACCUAUGGUCUACAAGUGACGAUGCCUUCGCUCGACACCUAGCUGUCCAGAUAUCGCCAAAAUUGAGCCAUCACAACCUACAGCGCCAGAUUGAAGCAUUGAACUGGGGUCAGAGCACAACCAUUCAGGAUGCAAUCAACGUCCGAAAGUUCCAUCCCUGUCUACUCUUCGUGCAAUACCGGCACAAGCCCGCGUUCCGAGAAAACUUCAUGUCCCAGUUCUCGCAGUGUGACGACAUAUCUGCGGCCGAAAGGGCGAACAUCUUGGCUCUUGUCGAGGCUAUUACAGCCACAUUGAACGAGGAGCAGAUGGCAUGCGUCGACGCCUUCCUGAACAACCUCCCCGAGGGAUUUGGCCAGUUAACGGGGCCUCCAGGUACGGGCAAGUCGUACGUGCUGAGCGUUUGCGUGGUACUCUCCCUUCUUCUCAAUUUGACGCCUGGGCCAAAGGUUGCAGUCGUGUGCAAGAGCAAUGAUGCUAUCGACAGCAUGCUCGACAAAGUAAUCGAGAUACUGGAGAAAUUCUCGCUGAGCGGCCGUUUCAAUCUGGUGCGUCUACAGUGCAGCUCGAUGGAGCGUUGCCUCCGCGAGCAAACCCGCUUCGGUCUGGCGCAGGUCAAUGUUCGACAUGCAGAUAGAGCUCUGGCAAGAGUAGCCCAACAACUGGCUCAUUCGACGGAUGUGGACGAGACACAUAAGCUCCACAAACUCAGGCAGUGGCAAUUGAUGCUUCAAGCUGAGGGGCGCACCAUGGUAACACCAGGUGUGAAUGAUUUCAAAAGCUACGAGGAAGCCGCAAAGACAGCGGAGAACUGGGUGUUGGAGAACUGCGACGGUGUAUUCGCCACUUGCGACACUGCGUCUGGACUGUACGCGUCAAAGCGAUUCCACGGUGCUGAAAGUGCUAUCUUUGACGAGGUCUCGCUCAUGACCAUCCCAGAAUUCGUCGUGGGCCUAUCGGGAAACAAGAAGUGCAGACGUGUGCUCACAGCUGGUGAUGGCGAUCAACUGGCUCCAUCUCCGCGAUCAACCCACAGCAUGAACGAAGCCGCUACGAUCUACCAAAUGUCUCUCUACAGCACCGAAUAUGUUCACCUCUUCCCAGAUCAGCAUUUCCGACUGUUGCAGAACUACCGCAAUCAACCCCUCGCCAUCGAGCUGGCCAACAGAAUCACGACUCGAGUCGGCAACGAAGCUCUUCGAUCCGCUCCAAAUCAGCCCGCCAACUCUAUUCUCAAAGACCUCGCUUUCCACAAGGGCGACCUAUGCCUGAACCCGAAGUUGGCCGCCUUGUUCAAUCUGUGGGAUCCGAUCGAGCAGCCCGUAAUCUUCUUGCACGUCAAUGGGGACGCGACGGAGCAUCAGGCGAGAGCGAAGAGUGGGGAUAAGCUUGUCUACGAAGGGAGGCAACGCACAGAUGGAAAAGUCGAUCAUUUGGAGUUCCCUGUUCCGCAGAAAAUGAAUCGAGUGCACACCACUGGCGUCGAAGCCAUCACUCAGCUGGUGAAAACAUUUGCGUCCGCUGGAGUUGACCUCAAACGAAUCGCAGUCAUCUCCAUGUAUCGAUUCGACGCCCAAGAAAUAAAGCAACGCACGGGACUCGAAGCAACGACGGUGGACAAAUACCAAGGCAGCGAGAAUGACAUUGUCAUACUGCAUCUAGUUUCGAUGGCCGAUAAUGCUCUGCUCUACGUCGCUCACAAGAACCGUCUGAAUGUGGCAGUCACUCGUUCCCGGGGUGCCUUGAUCAUCGUUGGCAAUCAAAUUGAGCUCGAGAGAGCUUGCCGUAUGAGACCGGCCAGGACGGCCACUCUGAAACAGAUCAGUGAAUUUGUGACGGAGAGGAAACUAAUCUUUUGCUGCACCGAGGAAGACAGGCUUGAGAAAGAGCACCAGGAGAUGAGCAUCAAGUUUCGCAAAGACACCACGAGGAUGCGGAGGCAAGACAUGGCAGGGGUUAAGCCACCUAACCACAACAAGCCGCGCGAGCGCCAGCAGCCGCCAAAGCACGAUGCUACCCCCGCUUACAACAAUGCGCGCAAGCGCGAUCAGCACCUUCAUACACCUGUGUCUGUCCCUAGCUUCGGUGCAUUUCCGUUCACCUUUUCCUCCACCGUCGGUACUCAUGGACCUAAGUCAAGCUCUGGUGCAACCUCGACAGUCGCAUUCCACGGAAAACCUCGCCGUGAAGGCCCUACUUCAGUGCCUGCGGAGAAGCCAGAUUCCAAUGCAAUGGAAAUUGAUCGAGUCGAUGAAGUCGCUGGUCAAAUGGAUUAUGGUGGGGAUCGAAUGGACGAAGUCGCUGGUCAAGUGGAUGAUCGUGGUGAUCGAAUGGAUGGAGUCAGAGAUUCGCGUGCGGCAGUGACGUCUACGGCAAAGCCGCAGGUGUCCGUGGCGCCAAGUCGGUCCGUGUAUGAGGACGAGGUUGACUGGAGUGACGGGUCCCUAGAAUAGUGAGAGGGGAGGGUCUGGCGAUUAAAGGUGAUGCAACGGGGUUUCAGUAUCUUAGGUAGACAGUGAGCCUUGCUCUCCGUGAAUGAUGCUUCUGUGUGUGCAACUCCCAACAGCUCCAACCCACCUUUUACUCAUGACGCGAAUGUAUCCAAUCUUGUAGUCUUUCGAUGGCUCUAGGGAUUUGACG